ACGGAAGCCAUAGCCAUUCAAGCUCUAUAUCGAUUUUGCUUGUAGGAGCAUACGUUAUAUAUUAUCCGUAAAAGAGUUAAAAUAUCUCGCACAGAUUUGCUGCAAUUUUCCAAACUCAAAAGUGCUUUCCCGAAGAAAAAGUUUCAAGCAGCUGAGCUUCUUGUUUCCUACCAUCGCCUUCUUCAAAGAUUUGAAAAUUUUUGUUCAGGUGAGUGUUUGACCGUCGGGAAGAUGAAUGAUCUUAUGACAAAAUCAUUUCUCAGUUAUGUGGAACUCAAGAAACAGGCUAUGAAAGACCUUGAAGCGGAUCUGGACAUUGAAAUGGGACAACUUGAUCCCACCGAUGAACAGAACCUCGCACAGUUUUUCGAAGAAGUGGCUGUAAUCAAGUCUGACAUGGAAGAGAUCACCAAUCUUCUUCUUAACCUUCAAGACCUGAAUGAAGAGACCAAGUCAACUCACAGUGCUAAAGUUCUUCGGGGGCUGAGAGAUAGGAUUAACUCAGACAUGGUCACUGUUCUUCGGAAAGCGAAAAAUAUUAAAGCUAGAUUGGAGAUACUAGAUCAGUCUAAUAUAGCCAAUCGUAAGGUAUCGGUAGAAUACAAAGAAGGAAGUCCAGUUGAUCGAACAAGGGUUUCAGUGACUAAUGGUUUGAGGGUUAAAUUGAGGGAUAUGAGGAAUGAUUUUCAAUCUUUGAGAGAACGGAUUGUUAAAGACCACAAAGAAGGUCUUAAAAGGAGGUAUUAUGCUGCCACCGGAGAGGAACCGAUCGAGGAAGAUAUUCAAAAGAUGAUUUUGGGAGUUGGGCAGGUCAAAGUUUUUGAAGGUAGGGGAGAUUUGGUAACGGAGAAUAAGGAAAGGCAUGAGGCUUUGAAGGAGAUACAAAGGAGCUUGACAGAGCUCCACCAAGUUUUUCUGGACAUGGCAGUGUUGGUGGAAACACAAGGCGAAAAGAUUAAUGAUAUUGAAGAGAAUGUGGCACGCGGUUGUGCUCACAUUAAUGGUGGGACCAAUGGACUGUUCUAUGCGGAGCAGAUGAAGAAGAGGAGGGGAAAAUGGACUUAUUGGAUUGUUGGCUUGGUACUGAUUCUGUUGUUGGUAUGCCUUAUUUCCAUCUUUGCUUCUUAAAGUUUCUGAGUUCAUAAUGUGGCUGGAGUGUAAAUAUUUUUUGCUAGCUAAAGCCUAGAGUAUGGGAUAGGUUUGAUCUGGGGAAUAUGAUGGAGCUUUCUCAUGGAGGCGGCUUUAUACUGAGCAUUGGAUUCCUGUACUUGUCAUUUGGACGGCUAUCUGUGAUGAUGAUAUCUCUUCAUUCUUCGGUGUUCGUUGCUUUGUAGUUUAAACUUGUGUGAUUUUUUCAGCUUUUUUCU